CGACGUCCUGGAGGCUACGGAGGAUUUGACGACAGCCAAAGUCUCGAGGAAGAGCCAAAAGUGGGGAGACCGUCCAGUAUAGAGCGUAGACAAGCGCAGCGUAGAAGUGGCGACUUCAACGGGAGAAGAGAUCGCAGUGGAGGAAAAGGCUACGGGGAAGGUGAUGGGGGCAAGCAGAUCGAAAAAGUACUGCAAUAUAUUAAACAGGACUGGGACUACAUGGCCGAGGACGAAUGCGUGCCGGUGCAAAUAGCAUUGAAGCUCCUGGAUCCAAGCUCACUAGGGCUAGCAAAUCGAUAUCGUGAUUUUCAAAACACGCACCAGCGACUUCAAGACGCCCUCAAAGCUAUCGUAAACGAACACCAUCAGGGGUUUAAUAGCUCUAUUGGAACUUUCCACAAGAUUCAGAGCAGUCUCCAAUUCUCCCAGAAUCGAGUGAGGACUCUGAAAGACUCUCUCGUUGUGUCUAAGACAAACUUAGCGACUACGAAGCCUGAGCUCAAGGGCCUCGCGACCGCCUCCCAAAACUACGAUGACAUGUUACAAGUGUUGGCCACCAUUGAAGAGCUGCAACUGGUCCCAGAGAAGUUAGAAGCACGAAUAUCAGAGAAGCGAUUCCUGACUGCAGUGGAGAUAUUACAAGAUGCGCUGGUGCUCAUCAGGAAGUCCGAGAUGGAAAGCAUCGGGGCAUUAAGUGACUUGAAAGUAUACCUUAGCAACCAGGAGCACUCUCUGACAGACAUUCUGAUCGAAGAGUUACACAGUCAUCUAUACCUGAAGUCGCCGUACUGUGAAGACAGAUGGAAAGUAUACGCACAGAAUCAACCAAAGGCCGCCAGUGCAGAUGGAUCUACAACGAUAGAUUCUCGUAGUAGAGCUCUGUAUUACUUCCUCGAACGCCUGGAUACAUCCGAGGCCAUGAUUGACGAUGCAUCUCGCAAUCCUGAAGCGGACACGUUCCAUUAUAUACACCUCCUCAUCGAGUCUCUGAAUAAGCUCGGUCGGCUCGACAUCGCUAUCGACACUAUCGAGCAACGGCUGCCGAUAGAGCUGUCUAGAGUCGGGGAGAAGUCCAAUAAUGAGGUAGCGCAACGCCAUCCAAGCACUCUGCGUGCAUAUGCGAACAAGGGCUACAGCAAGUACGAUUUCGCGCUGGACACAGAUGACGCUCGAUCAGCACUUCUCAAUGACCUCCUGUGGACUUUGUAUGCACGUUUUGAAGCCAUUGCCGAGGGCCACCGUGUGGUUCACGACGUAGUUGUAGGAAUUCUGAGAAGGGAGAGGCAAGCUGAAGAUCAAACCUUGACCCGUGGAUUCAAGGAACUAUGGAAGCUGUUUCAGAGUGAGAUACGCUCGCUACUUCAUGACUACCUGGCGACAGAUGAUAAUCCGUCAUAUCGACCUGGGCAGGCGACAAACGCAUCCGGCAAUCCGUUCCAGAAGGCACCGCGUGACAAGAACAAGCGCAUGUUCAAGCUCUCCGAAAUGGACCUUAAGUCGACCGAACUUGCAACAGACAAGGACGAUUUGGAAUUCAUCCUCAAAUCAUCCGUACCUGGGCUGGUCUCUGCAGCAAAACAACCAGACGGCUCCAUUGUCAGUAACAGCGCCGCCAUGCAUGAUGGCAGUGCAACAGGCCAUAAACUCCUCGUCGAACCCAGCGUCUUUAACAUGGGUCUCCUCCUUCCGCCAUCCCUCGACUUUCUUAGCCGCCUCAAAGAAGUCGUCCCGCCAAACUCCGAUAUCAUCCUCAGCACCCUCACCUCCUUCCUUGACGACUUCCUCGUCAAUGUAUUCCACCCCCAGCUAGACGAGACGCUUGUGGAGCUCUGCGCCCAGACUUUCAUCGAAGUGGACGCUUUCCAGCAAGACUCGCAAUGGGCACAGGUAUCUCAAAAGCCUGUUUUCAAGGGCACGACACGGUUCUUCGGUCUCAUCAUCGCCUUCUGCAGAAUGCUGGAUAACCUGCCGCAUGACCAGAGCAUCAGCCAGCUGAUCAUAACACAGAUGGUCACGUACUACGACAAGUGCUUUGGAUGGUACAAAGCGCUGGUGUCACGCACACAGCCGAAGGCAAAGACGGGCAGUCGGCUCAAGAAGAGCGCUGCGUUUGUGGAGAUGGAUGAGUUCACUGGUGUGCUGAAGACGCUUCUACAGCCGCCUAUCGAAGACGUAGACCAAGUCCUCACACAGGAAAUCAAUGUCCUCAUCAACCUCUGCGAUGAAGAUCCUCUCGAAGAAGCAGACCUCAUACUGCAGCGGAAGAGCAUCACAGGCCUCUGCAUGCUCUACACUAGCAUGAAAUGGCUCGCGGCCAAAGUCAACGCCCUCCGCUACAUCUCCGACCGUGCAACGAACUCGUCCGCGCCCCGCCACUCCGGCCCCGGUCAACCUAAACGCAAUCGCUGGACCCUCGUUGCCACAUCCUCCAACUCGCGUCCCGACAACCAAGCCGUGUACCUGCCCCUCGCGCCCGAAACCGCCAUAGCCUUCGACGGCGUCGUGGCCUCCUUCUCCGAGCUCGCGUCCAGCGUGCUGCAGACUCUGCACUUCGAGAUGCGCUGCCACGUGCUGCAUGCCGUCACCGCCUCCAUGCGUGGCAGUUUCGCGCUUGAGCAGGAAGUCAGCGAGCCAGACGCCAGCAUCGCAGCCUUGAACAGCGACCUAGUCGGCUUCGACGAGGAUCUGGGCCGCACGCUACCGGCAGAGUCCCACGCAUUCGUCGUGUGCGGAAUCGGCAUGCUGCUGUCCAGCCUCCUGCUCCACCUCAUGCCGCGCGUGGCCGUCAUGAACGACCUCGGCCACCACAGGCUCCACUUGAACGUCCUCGUGCUGCAGCAGAAUCUGAAGAACAUCGAGCCCGCGAGCGAUCUGAGCCGCGCAACCUAUUAUUUCGCGCUGUUCAAAGGCGGCCCGGAAGAGAUUGUCCGGCGGGCAAAGGAGAUUGGUGAUGGCGGGGCUGCGGGCAAGGGGUAUAGCUACGAGGAGUUGAAGGUUAUGGUGGAGCUGUGCUUUAGUGCGAAGGUCAGCGGUCGUGGGAGACGCGAGGAGCAGUUGAUGGCUAAGCGUGGGCUGGAGGAUUGUCUGUUGCGGCUG